AUGGCCGCCGCCGUCGCCCACAAGGAGCGACAAUUCCUUGCCGUCAUCGGAGAUGAAGACUCCGUGACGGGUCUUCUCCUCGCAGGAAUCGGGCACGUCACAGAACCCCCAGAGUCUCAACGGAACUUCCUUGUUGUCGACGCAAAGACCGAGACUUCUACAAUCGAGAAAGCGUUUCAGAACUUCACACAGGAGCGCAACGACAUCGCCGUCAUCCUAAUCAACCAACAUAUCGCAGAACGCAUCCGACACGUUGUCGACUCCUACUCCGAAGCUUUCCCCGCCGUACUCGAGAUUCCGAGCAAGGACCACCCAUACGAUCCCGAGAAGGACAGUGUAUUGAAGCGUGUGCGCCGGUUAUUCGGAGAAUAG